CGAUGUUUAAAGUUCGUGUUCGUACUCGGUGCAAUUCGGUGUUUCCUCGAUCGCGUAAUCAACGGCAAAGCAACAUUUGCAAAUAUCGCCGGGCGAUAUUGUUAAUUGCCUCGUGGCAAUUAGCAAUCAAAGGAUACCCGCUCAAGCAAAAUAAUGACGGAAUCGCCAAUACCAUCGGUCAGCAACACUCAGAUCCAGACGCAAACCAAUAACCAAUCUCAUACACAAAUCCUAACUCAAGAUGACAAGAGCGAGAAGACGGAAAAGGCUAUUCUUCUGCAAAUUCAGGAGAUCAACAACCAAGUGGCGCAAUAUCGUGAUCUGCUGAUAAACAUCGGCCAGCCACGAGACUGUCCAGAACUACGGGAGAAAAUUCGAAGAUUACGACGAAAUUGUGUGGACGCGUGUAAAAACGCGUCUCAGCUCAUACUGCCACAAGUGCGAAGAACUACGGAUAUCGGUAUACCUGUGGACUGUCCCAAUUUGAUGCUGCUCUUUUACGUUGCUCAGUUAUUUCUACGCGAACUGGGCAAAAGUAAAAAGCUCAUUCGUAACGUACCCAUGGACAUGACCGAAUACGAAACCCGAACCGGCCCAUCAAACAUCGGCAACGUGAUCUCGCAGAUACUUCUGUGCAAACAGAUCACGCCAAACUUCUACGAGGAGGAGCUGUGCAGCAUCAAAAAAGAUUCCGAGGAAAUUCGAGGUUUGAUCAACGAGCUGCAAGAGUUUAUGCCCCAAUCGGACGGCGAUAUAGAAAAGUACACAGCCCUUCAAAGCGCCGGAACCAGAGGCAAUCGUUUCAACGGAAGACGGACACAUCGGUGGAAUCAAAGCAACGACAGACCCAGUAGAUCGGCUGGACAAUCGUCCUACUUUCACGACGCUCUGAAUCUUUUCUGUUGCACCGCGAGGGCCAACUACGUUUAACUUGCGUGUACAUUUGUUUAAGUUCAUUAGUAUUCUAAGAAGCGUUCGACUUUCAAGUAAGUCUGAGUUCAUCACGAUUAAUGAGCAUCCGAUUUCUACAGCGGGAGCAUUUUAACCCGUAGACUGGCACAUUUUUUAAACGCAGUAAGUCCUCGAUAUUUUCUUGUUAGUUAACGCGAUUUCGGUUGACGUGAUUCGAUUUGACGCCAUUCGAUAACGUGCUUCGGCCUCUCGGGCCUCUAGCGUAGGGAAAUAUUGAGUUUCUAUCGUAAACGCUACCUUCUCGAAUAAAUUCGAUUCUUGCCACGGGUUGGCGAGAUCAAAGAUUUCGUGAAAAUGAAACCUAAUAAUAAAUGAUAUAGAAUAUUAUUUAGUUGGUAUAAUCGACACCGAGGUAUUUGAAUAAUAGUUGCCGUUGCAAUAGUCUGUUUGAAUAAUAGAAACUCGUGAUCGUACAAAUGGUUCGAAAUUUGGAGCACGAAAUUCAACUAUUAUGUUCCUCGUUAUACACGUAUAUUCGUAUAAUUAAACACUCCGCGAUAGUUUUGAUAACGAAAACUUGGUAGGAAGUUCAGCUAAUCAGAUAUUUAAUAAAACUUCAACGGGUCGAGAAAAAUAUUCGCCGGUCUAUGGAUUAAAUAUCAAUUGCGUUUCGUGAUCACGGAGGAUCUUGCAUUCGACUAGUCGAUUAGACGAUAAGAACCUGAUACAAGCUUUAUUUAGUUAAUAAGAUACAGAUCUAUAAAUAUAGGUAUAUACAUAUUGUGCGAAGAAUAUUUUUUUAAACGACUUUCAUUUACAGACAAAUCGUUUAGAAUUGAAGAUGAUCCAAAUUAGUGAUGCGAUUACGUUCGCGUCAGUGAUCGACCAAUCAGAAAAAAACGAAGAAACUUUUAAUUCUUCGAUAAAAUUGUUACGUGUAUACCGGUCUCUCGUAUCCAUCGAUUAUCGACUAUGUUUUAAAAGAUGUCAAUGCAAAAAUAAUUGUUUCUUAAUUACUGGCAAUAAUAUUCAUGUUUUGUCCCUCGAAUUUUGAAUACCAUGAAUCUUUCUGAGAAAUUGGGAGACACAAAUGAAUAUAAAUCUUUCACUGACGGUGUACAUCGUGCAAGAAACUAAAGGAACGCAUCACCUCGGAAAGUAGAAAGAUAAACGAUUGAAUUAGAGAUAAAUUCAAUAGAGGACCAAAUUGAUCUAGUGUCACUCGUUUGCAAUAAAAGUGAUGCGAGCGAAUUGUUUUAACAGUGAAAUUUCAAUGAUAAUCAAACCUCGAGAAUAAUAUUCUUUUACGUGUUGUAAAUUAUAAUUGUAUCAUCCUUCAUGAUUUAUUAUGAAAAUCUCUUGAGCUACGUCACUCUUAUGGUAAACGAGUGAUGCGCGUAUAUACACGGUUUGUUUUAAUGUUAAGUAUAUUGUUGUAUGAAUAUUUGAGGAAAAAGAAAUACAUGUUCACACGAAUGUAUAUCGUGUUAAUUUUAUGACCAUGUAUCGAUAAGAGAAUACUAAUUCUGUUACUAAUCUAUCGUUCAUGAUACGUUCAUGAUAUGUUCAUUUGCGCGUAGACGUAUGUGGCGGGAAUUAACACACUUACAUAUGCGCGGGUGCACGUAUUCGCAGCACACGACUAUUAACUUUUUAAAAUAUGUAGCAUCGUUAUUAACAUUAUAUUAAUGUUAACUAGAAUGAAACAAGUAAAUAAUUAUAAAGUAAAUAACGACCAAGAACCUGGGAAAAUCUUUAACAUUAUGAAAUUUCUUUGUGAUGAAAGUUUUGUAUUUGUUGCGUUUGAUUUAUGUGUCAUAUCGAAUAGACUAUCAAAUGUAAUAAACAAAUAAAUAAAUAAUAGUAAAUAAAUCCAUCAAAUUGUCACGUAUAUCGUAUCGAACAAGGACGGAUAAAAGGAAACAACACAUAUCGGUUAAUACUCUAAUUGAUGUUGCACAAAAUAGCAUGAAAGGUAAUAUAUACACAUAAAUACUAACGAUGUGUAUAAUUCUAAGCAUACUGUCCACUUAACAAAUGUUUCUACGUUUAAUUAAUUUAGAAAUACGGAAGUACUACACAGCUUCUUUUUCGAUAAAAGAUAUCAUUGUACAUUUCACCACGUUCGCAAUAUAAUAAAUGAAUCGUUACAUAUUAAAAUCUUAUGUUUAUUGACAUACCU